UGGGACGGAGCGCGGGGUCGCCCGGUGGGCGUCGCGGUGGCCGCGAGCUGUCGCCUGCUAUGGAAGGCGAUGGAGGAGAGCGGGAAUCCCAGCCCGAGAGCCACGUGGAGAGCAGGAGCGGCGUGAAGCCUGUGCCCGGGGGAGCGGCCCACGUCAAGCUAGAGAUAAAGAAACACGCCGUCACGGAUGACUACAAGCUGUCCAAGCGGGUGCUGGGGUUAGGAAUCAACGGCAAAGUACUGGAGUGCUUCCACAAGGAGACGGGGCAGAAGUGUGCUCUGAAGCUCCUGUAUGACAACCCAAAAGCUCGUCUGGAAGUAGAAUAUCACUGGCGGGCAUCGGGUUGUCCCCACAUUGUCCACAUCCUGGAUGUUUAUGAGAACAUACAUCACGGAAAGAGAUGCCUCCUCAUUGUCAUGGAAUGCAUGGAGGGAGGAGAGCUGUUUAGCAGGAUCCAGGAGAGAGGAGACCAAGCUUUCACCGAGAGAGAGGCCUCUGAAAUAAUGAGAGACAUUGGCACAGCCAUCCAGUAUCUGCAUUCAAUGAACAUUGCCCAUAGGGACGUCAAGCCUGAAAACUUGCUUUACACAUCAAAAGAAAAGGAUACUGUACUUAAACUCACAGACUUCGGCUUUGCCAAAGAAACCACUGUACAAAAUGCACUGCAGACCCCCUGUUACACUCCUUAUUAUGUGGCCCCAGAAGUCCUUGGUCCUGAAAAGUAUGACAAAUCAUGUGACAUGUGGUCUCUGGGUGUCAUCACAUACAUUCUCCUGUGUGGGUUCCCUCCGUUCUACUCAAACACUGGACAAGCUAUUUCUCCAGGGAUGAAGAGAAGAAUUCGAAUGGGGCAGUAUGGGUUUCCCAAUCCAGAAUGGGCUGAAGUGUCAGAAGAAGCCAAACAACUGAUUCGCCACUUACUGAAGACAGACCCAACAGAGAGGAUGACAAUUUCCCAAUUUAUGAAUCACCCUUGGAUUAACAGAUCGAUGGCAGUGCCACCAACGCCCCUCCAUACCGCACGGGUCCUGCAAGAGGACAAGGACCACUGGGAUGAAGUUAAAGAGGAGAUGACCAGUGCUUUGGCUACCAUGAGGGUGGACUACGAUCAGGUGAAAAUUAAAGACUUGAAAACAUCCAACAACCGCCUCCUGAACAAACGCCGCAAGAAGCAGAAGCAGUCCGGCGCCUCUUCUGCAGCCCCAGGGUGCAAUAACCAAUGAAGAGAGAAGCCAGGGACCUGUGGGUGGAGGGUAAAUGUGUUAAAAAGAGCAAUCUAAAAUGAACGAGUACGAUCAGCUGAGGUGACUGAGUGCAGUCACAGAGACUGCAAAGAAUCUGUCCUGCAAAGAGGGAGCAGGAGGAAGAGAACAUUUUUUUUUAUCUUGAAUCAGGGCUUUGCUUAUAAAGGCUACUUUAUAUGAUAAGAUUCUGUUUGCGUAUUGCUAGGGAAAGUAUAACAAUACCAGAAAUAUUACGAGGUUCUGUUUUGGCUUUAACUGUGUUGGGUGAGUGAACAGGAGACAGUCUCAGCAUGCUAGUGUGCUGAGGCUUUCAUAGCCAUCUAUGAGAGUAACUUCUGCUGCCCUUUUAAAACUGGGGAAUAGAAAAAAUGCCAAGUGUUCUGCCAAGUGUUGUAGGAGUUCAAAAAAGUUUCAGUAGUACUGAAAAAGGAGAAAAACGCCAAUGCUUUUUGUACGAGUAGUACAGGUGCAGUUCUACUUUGGAUGUAUGUGGACAGCAUUUUGUGCCUGAAUAGAUAAGAAUAGUCAGUGUUUCCAAAUGUAUCUCCUAUCGCUCCAGAAUAUCAUCUGAGCAGUGAGCACUUAUUCCUGUUGUAGGAAGAAAAAAGCAUCCAUACAUUUCCAUUUUCACGGAGUCUUCAUGUAGUCUUACGUAAUGAAUUGGGUUUGUUGUGGUUUCUCCUCUAAUUACGCACUCGCUUUAUAAAUGUAACCAUUUUGUUGCAUCUAUACCACUGUCAGAUUCGUCUCUUGUGAUGUUUUUAAUUUAAACAGUACUUCACAUCAAGAGUUUUAAUCAGUAUUGAAUUAGUCACAAGUGUACUGCUGAGCAUCUUAUGGCUCCUUAUGGAUCUGCAGUGUCCAGGGUGCAGCUGGACACACAACUGUGUAUGGGAUUUUGGUCUGGAAGAGAACAGUGGAAUUCAGGAGGAAAUGGCACCUUCUGCGAGUGGCCUCCAGUAUCUGCCAGCAUCCCUUCUGCAGUGCCCUGCAGAUCCCCUGCCUGACAUGUGCUAUCCUUCCAGUUCUGAUGUGCUGGGAUUACUUGCUAUUGGGAGCAAAGAGGGAGAGGUUGCUGCUUUAUUUCUGAUGUUUUGGCAGUGUUUCUGGAUCCAAAGAUUUCUGUCACCUGUGGGAAGCCACCUUUAAGGAUAUGCACUCUUUUCUUUUUUUACUAUUCUAAUUCUUGUUCUGUCGUAUCCUAGCCUUGGUAAUUUGUUUUACUUCAUGAUCAAAAUAUUUUCUCUUGCUAUAUGAUGUAGGUUUUUUUUAGUUGAGGUAAAGCAAAUGUUUGUAAAAUAUUAUCAGAGUCUAGAAUGAAAAUUAUACACUUCCAGUGGUGCGGGCAAAAGCUGCUUUGUGGUUGGCACACACAGAGCUGUUGUGUUAACAGCCUGAGAAGGAGGUUAAAAGAGAAGGAAAGCAGGGCUGGGGGGCUGAGGUUCAGAUCUGACUGCAGUACGGCUUUGUUGCGCCCGGCAGAGACCUGCAGGCUUCCGACCCUCCUGGAGAGCCCCGCUCCCAUCUAUCAGCAUUGGACGAGACCUCCGUCCUUCUGUGUCGAGCUAGGGUUUUAUAAAUGGAUUUUAAUAAACCACGUUCCAACACUG